GCGGGUUUGUUGGAAGGGAGGGAUAAAGAGAGACAAGGGAAGAGAGAGAGAGUGUGUGAGAGGGACAGAGAGAGGGCGGGAGAUACAGCAGCUGGAAGCAAGAGAGAAAAUCCCAGCCCAGCCUCUGCAAGCAUCAUUUUUGACAUCGGAUUUAAUCCGUUCUCGUCGACCACCAAUUCACGCCAAGAUAUGCGUUUCACCCGCUGAAGUUACUUCAUGUGCUGAAUUGAACGUGGUCCAGUGCUGUCCCCAGCUCUCCAGUGUGCUGCCCCCCUCUUCCCAGUUCACUGCCCCUCUGUCUGUCUGGUGUGAGCAGCCAUGACUAAGUCCUAUGAGUUUAAUUGGCAGAAGCACCUGCCUGGCUUCAUGCAGGAAGGAGCUUCCUUCGACAGGUUUGACGAGGACCCGUUUCUGUUUGAGCCCAGCUGUCUGGUCAAAGUGGACGAGUUUGGCUUCUUCAUCACGUGGAAGAGCGACGGAAAGGAGGGCCAGGUUCUAGAAUGUUCUCUGAUCAACAGUAUUCGAGUCGGAGCCGUGCCAAGGGACCCUAAGAUUCUGUCUUCGUUCGAGGCAGCGGGGAAGAAAGAGGAGGAGCUGGAGGGAUGUGUCAUCUGUGUCUGUAGCGGGACCGACCUCGUCAACCUCUCCUUCAUGUACAUGGUGGCUGACAGCCCAGACACAGCUAGGAAGUGGACGGAGGGUUUGAGGUCAGUGAUCCACAAUUUCAGAGCCAAUAACGUCUGUCCUAUGACCUGCCUCAAGAAACAUUGGAUGAGGAUGUGCUUUCUGACCAAUGUGAAUGGCAAGAUCCCAGUGAGAACCAUCACACGGACAUUCGCGUCUGGGAAAACGGAGAAAGGAAUCUUUCAGGCUCUGAAGGAGCUGGGACUGCCUAGUGGAAAGAACGAUGAGAUCGAACACUCGGCGUUCCCCUUUGACAUCUUCUAUGCCCUGACUCAGAAGAUCUGCCCUCGUACUGACAUCGAGGAACUCUUCAAGAAAAUCAAUGGGGACAAAAGUGAUUUUUUAAACGUAGACCAGUUAGUCAGCUUUCUGAAUGAAAACCAGCGCGACCCGCGGCUAAAUGAGAUCCUGUUCCCCUUCUACGACCCGAAACGAGCCAUGCAGAUCAUCGAGAAGUACGAGAGAGACCCCGACCUCAAGAAGAAAGGCCGUAUGUCCAGUGAUGGCUUCUGCAGGUACCUGAUGUCAGAUGAGAGCCCGGUGUUCCUGGACUGUCUGGAGCUGUACCAGGACAUGGAGCAGCCGCUGGCCCACUACUUCAUUGCCUCGUCCCACAACACCUACCUGAACGGGAGGCAUUUCGGAGAGUCCUCCGUGGAGAUGUACAGACAGGUGCUGCUCUCCGGCUGCAGGUGUGUAGAGCUGGACUGCUGGGAUGGGAAAGGAGGCCAGGAGCCUAUCAUCACUCACGGCAAGGCCAUGUGUACUGACAUCCUCUUCAAGAUGGUGAUCUCAGCCAUCAGGGAAACUGCUUUUGUGACGUCUGAGUAUCCCGUGAUCCUGUCAUUUGAAAACCACUGCAGUAAACCCCAGCAGUAUAAGAUGGCUCGUUAUUGUGAGGAGAUCUUUGGAGAAUACCUACUGAGGCAUCCUCUUGAGGGAUUCCCUGUUGAAGCGGGUCGUCCCUUGCCUUCUCCCAACGAUCUCAAACGCAAAAUCCUCAUCAAAAACAAACGCUUGAAACCCGAGGUGGAACAGAAGCAGUUAGAGUCUUUUAAGAAGCACAUGGAGGCAGGAGAGACUAACACACCAGCCAUCUUACUAGGAGCAGAGACCGAGGAAGAUGUGGAGAACGCUCUAGGUGAUGUGAAGGAUGUGAUUCCUGACUUGAAGACGUCUGCAUCAGAGGAGCCUAGUGAAGAGAACAGCCUCAGCACCAGUGUCAGUAUCAGUGACAGCGUCGGCGUCAGCGUGAGUGUGAACAAAGACGGAGAGGGGAAGGAGAGGGACAACAGCAUCAAAAAGGUGGUGGAGGAGGAUCCGACAGAGAUGUCUGAGGCCACAGAAGCAACAGACGCCACAGACAUCUCCGAGGCGUCUGAGGAUAACAACAACAAGAAUACGGGAGAGACGACGGAUGACGAGGAGGCUCUGAUUGCCUCGUACACGUACGUAGGAGCCACCACCAACAUCCACCCCUACCUCUCUGCCAUGGUCAACUACGCCCAGCCUGUCAAGUUCCAGAGCUUCGACGUCGCAGAAGAGAGGAACAUCCACCACAACAUGUCGUCAUUUAACGAGUCAGUGGGUCUGGGCUAUCUGAAGACCAACGCCAUCGAGUUUGUCAAGUAUCCUUUGGUCCAGUGUCAACACUCACACAGCAUAGGAGUACGUGUGUCCGCACGUGACUGUGUGUGUCUGUGAUUUCCAUUGUAAUGGCACCUAAACAGACCCUCCCUUUCUCUCUCUCCUGUCUUAGAUCUGGCCAUGCAGUUGAACCAGGGAAAGUACGAGUACAAUGGAUCCUGUGGGUAUCUGUUGAAGCCAGACUUCAUGCGUCGCUCAGACAGGAUGUUUGACCCCUUCUCAGAGACACCUGUGGACGGGGUCAUUGCUGCUACCUGCAGUGUACAGGUGUUCUCUGGUCAGUUCCUGUCUGAUAAGAAGAUUGGGACCUACGUGGAGGUGGACAUGUACGGGCUGCCCACGGACACCAUCCGCAAAGAGUUCCGCACGCGCAUGGUGAUGAACAACGGCCUGAACCCCGCCUACAACGAAGAACCGUUCGUCUUCCGGAAGGUGAUUUUACCAGACCUGGCUGUGCUGCGCAUAGCUGUGUAUGAUGACAAUAAUAAGCUGAUAGGUCAGAGGAUCCUACCGUUGGAGGGUCUGCAGGCAGGAUACAGACACAUCUCUCUACGCAACGAAGGGAACAAGCCUCUGUCUUUACCCACCGUUUUCUGUAACAUAGUACUCAAGACCUACGUACCCGAAGGCUUCGGAGCCAUCGUGGACGCCCUGUCGGACCCAAAGAAGUUCCUGUCCAUAGCAGAGAAGAGAGCGGACCAGAUGAGAGCUCUGGGGAUUGAAACGAGUGACAUAGCGGACGUGCCAAACGAGAGUUCGAAGAACGACAAGAAAGGGAAGGUGAACACCAACGUGAAGACCAACGUCACGCCACAGACCAGCUCGGACCCGGCUCAGUCCUCUAAGUCUGCCCAGAACAACACCACGGAGACCAAGAAGGAUACAAACACCCUCGUGCCGCAUGUGAACAUUGAUGACUUGAAGCAGAUGAAGACGUACCUUAAAGUGAUUAAGAAGCAGCAGAAAGAUCUGAACUCUUUAAAGAAGAAGCAUGCCAAGGACCGCACCGUCAUGCAGAAGUCCCACGUCACCCAGGUGGACAAGAUGAUCGCUCAGCACGACAAGGAGAAGCAGACACAGGAGAAGCUGCUGGAGAAGGCCAUCAAGAAACGAGGAGAAAACAACUGUCUGGAGUUGAAGAAGGAGACUGAGAGUAAAGUGGAGAACCUGACCACAGACCACAAGGCUAAGGUGAAGGACAUCACAGCCCAACACACUAAGGAGUGGUCAGAGAUGAUCAACUCCCACAGCAGUAUUGAGCAGGAUAUGAAGGACAUCCACGUGGUCCAGCAGUGUGAAAACCUCAAGAAACUACUGAGUGGAGUCCAGGAACAACAGACUCUCUCGCUCAAACUGAUCCACGAACGGCAGAGCAAGGAGAUGCGGGCCAACCAGGCCAAGACGUCCAUGGAGAACAGCAAGGCCAUCAGCCAGGACAAGACCAUCAAGAACAAGGCCGAGAGGGAGAGGAGAGUUAGAGAGUUGAACAGCAGCAACACCAAAAAGUUCCUUGAGGAGAGGAAAAGGUUGGCUAUGAAGCACCAGAAGGAGAUGGAGACACUGGAGAAGUCUCAGAAAGAACAGCUUGAGGAACUGGACAAGUUCAAUGAGCAGGCCAAGGACAUCCAGCAGAUGGUGAAGCUGGAGGAGGAGAUGGACCGCAGACCAGCCACAGUGGUUUAACCACUCCCACCACCUGAGACACACACGGAAACACACACACACACUGCCCAGACCAGCCACAGUGGUCUGAACACCCCCACUAACACCUGAGACACACACACACACAGACACUACCCUCUCAAACAACUGACACAGAGACCCAGACACACUCACACACCCCACUACACACACACACACACCCUAGAUUCCGCCUUUCAUCCUCAACCUGCAAUAUUGUCAUAGUUCAUAAUUCUCUAUCCAUGUAUAUCUUCCUCUGCAAUGAACCACUCCCACACACGGUCUGUCCUCCCAUCUCUGACCACUCUCUGUUACAGAGUUAUCCCACGUGCUAUUCCCAAACCCUGCCCUCCUUCACACCGCCACUGAAAACCCCACUCUGAGACAUCCCCCAACUCCCCUGUGCUGCGGAGCCAUUGGUGCAGACCAGUGAUUGAUAGUAAGACGAGCGACUGCUGUUGGAAGGUGGACGGGACAUCCGAAACAUUGAGAGACACAACCCACCUUCACCUUUCCAUUUUUCCACCACUCUCCCAUUCCCGGAUCUGCUUUUUAUACACCUCCAUCCAUCUUUUUGUUAUCUGUUUUUAAUGGAAGCAAUGUUUGCAGAUAUUAUCAAUAGUCACUGUACACAUACAUAACGAUACAGGCAACACACUUACACACACGUAUUAUCUCGUCUGCUCUUUCUGUUGCCAUGACGGCUCAAACCGAAGUGAACAGAUCAUGUUUUCUGUUCAAACUCUUUUAAGACUUUUAUUUUGUAUUUUUAAUGGUACCGGGUAUCAACAACAGCACCAGAAUAUGGACGGGGAAAAUACGUAUAUAUUAGUUAUGAAUUUUAUGUCCGCACAAAAUAUGUGAAUUAUACUGUAUGCUACACAAGAGUUGAAGUAAUGUCCUGAGCACUUUAUAUGUGGUAGGCCAUCAUAAGUGAAUUGGAAAAUGUAGCAGUGCACUAGGUUUCUCUGUGUUUUGAUAAGAAUGUAAAAAAACAAAUCAAAGAUUAAGACAAACGUUGGAUGAACGUUGUUCGGAGGAAACCCAAAACCCAACGGCAGGAAGUCCUAAACACUGCGGCUUGUCCUUCAUGCAGCUUUUUUUUUUAUUUCAUCAGAAUGUGUAUUAUAUGAUUUUUACAC